UUCCUUGCUCGUGAGUUAACCUAUAAAAUGUUAAUAAGUAAAUAUUUGAAAAUAUGGCAAGUUAAGAUUCGUAUGGUCAAUACUCAAGUGUAAUCAAUUAGUUAUUCACAUUUUAUCUUUUUCAACGCUAAAGUGUUAAUUGAUUUAGCUAUGGCUAAAUUUCAUAGCUAUUAUGUGCUCUGCCCUCUUAUUGAUCAAAAAAGUUUCCUAGGUGUUACAGAAAAUAGAGAAAAUGAAAAUAUUAUUGUAACUUUAGGCCGCAACGUUGUAAACAAAUACAGACUUUCAGAUCAAAAACAAAUAGCAGGAUGGACUUCAAAGGAUCACAUAACAUCUGCUAUUAUUUAUGAUAAGGAAAAGCAAUGUUACGCAGGUAUUUUCAAUAAAAAUACUAUUAAAAUGUGGACCAGUGAAGAGGACAACUUAGAUAAAUUAAAAAAAUACAAAUUUUCAGCAAAUAUAUCAAAACUUAUUCCAUUCGUGAAUGGAUCCAACAAGACUUCUAUCAUAAUAUUUGAAAAUGGUAACUGUGCUUCCUUAACCUAUGGAAUAGAUAAUAGAAAGACAUUUGAGGUAAAAUCAUUCAUCAAAGACACAGACAUACUUGUAGAUGUAAUUGCAUACUCGGUAAAAAAUAAAGAUUAUAUUUGCCAUGUGGUUAAAAAUCAGAAAGGAAGAUAUGAAAUUAUUAAUUGUCCACUCAGAGAUGAAUUGGGAGACCUCGAAAUGGCGAAACUGAAUAGAGUUAAAGUUACAAGAACAGAACAGCAGUUUGUAGUUGGAUACUUGUUAAGCGCACACAACUAUCAAGUCUACUUUUUGUGGAAUGACUCAAAGAUGACUGCCUAUAAUUUGUUAAGCAAGUCGUGGAAUACAGUUGGCACUGUACCAUGGAUUAAUACUCAGAGUGGUGUGUCUCUUGCAUGGAUGGGGGAGAGUCAUCUCAUUUUAUUUGGCAGCAAUUUAGAUCAAGAUGGUGCUAUUAUUGUAGCAUACAAUACCGUAUUGGGUGUUGGCUCCUGCAGAUAUCCAAUGAAGAUGUAUACUGAAGGUGCAAAAUUGUACUGCUUUAAUGGAAGAAUCAUCCUCGAAGCAUCGAACCACAUUGGAAUGUUACCCUACAUUUUAGAGACAGAUCGGAACUUGUCAAGUUUGUUGGGAUCCCAUGAUAUAACAUUAGACAAUUCUACUGAAAUUGCUGACUGGGAUUCACCAGUGGAUCUCUUAUUUAAAGUAAAUGAUGAUCUUAGAGAUUUGUUGAAAGUGGGCAUCUCUGAAAGAAGCAUCUGUGCACAAACCAUACCACCGUUACUAGAAAAUAAUGAUUUUCGAAUAGUAUUUAGAACAAUUAAAGAGUUUACGGAUAUUCCAGAAUCAAUAUUAAUAUUAGUUCUUAAAUAUUCAAUUAAUAUAAUUAACCCAGAUAAUAUUGACGUGAUGAAUGAGGAACUAUUUACUAAUUUAUGUCAAUGCAAGAAAGAUUCCAAGAAAGAAGUCAUAAUGAGUAAAGCUAGGUUUGAACUAUUGAAUUAUGUCCUACAAAUAUCAUUUAGUGAUGCACUUAUAAUCCCAUAUAUAAAGAAUAGCUUAACUUUGGAUGAAGUUCUGUUUCUCAUGACAUAUAUAGGAUAUUUAUUAAUGGAAUCCGAUAAAAUAUUUCACUAUGAAAGCAAACUGUAUGACUGGUGUGCAUUAUUAAUUGAUUCUUUCUACCAACAGUAUGUGAUGACAAAUGAUGUAAAAGUAGCUUAUGUAUUGGAGAAGACGAGAGCUGUAGUAACAAACCUAACAGAAAAAUUGUAUUCAAUUAACUCAAUAAUGCCAAGUUUGAAUAAACUAGUUAACGGGAAACCAGUGUCAGAGCCAAAAGAUAAAACAUCAUAUUCAAUUGAGAUUCUAAAAAUAUAAUUUCAUUGGAGUCAUUUAAAUAAAAACAAAAUAUUUCAAUC